AUGCGUCUCUUGAUCAUCUUUGUCGCGACAUUGGCAUCGCUAUUCGCACACGUAUUCGCCGCUAACUUUCAGCACUCCUGCUACAAUUACUACCUCGACAAUGGCGUGGUAGACGGCACGCACGAGCUGUACCUCGAGGCGUUCUGUUCCGGGGGCACUGACGAGGAAGGGAACGAGCGGUCGCGGCUCUGCAGCAGGCUCAACCUGGAAUAUUGCUACAAGGCCGUCAACGGCGCGAUGAAGCCGUACGAAGAGGACGAGGAGAUCACGAAUAGUCUGAGCGCGGCGUGUGAGAUCGACAGUUGCGCGAUCAUGAGAGAUGCCUGGGACGGGCCUAUCAUGACCUGCCAGUGCCGAGACGAUAGCGGGAAUUGGCGACCUACUACAAUCGAUAUGAACGCUGUGGUAGGGAACGAAGGCGGCCUUUUGCAGUGUGGGGAAUCAUAUGGCAGUCUCGACUGUCCCGAAUGGGGGCCAUACUCGACCACAUUUUUGCCUGAAGAAGACUUAUGA